UUCGCCUGCAGCUAGCUACACUCAUCACUGGCAGCACAGGUUGGGGGGGCCGCCCGUGUGCAUGACUGCGCAGAGUCGCGGCAGAAGGAGAGUGCGAGGAACAGAGUGUAUGUGAGGGAGCACACAAGCUGAAAAUGUAACAACGGAGCUGAUGGACGGCAGCAGCCAGUUCGGGUCCAAGUCCCCCAGUCUUCUUUGAGAUAAGUCGAACUAUCAAGGCAAGUUGCUAUGACAUUGCGGAGCGAGGACUGGGAGUCUAUUUUAGUCCCCCCUGUCAGAUGGCCGUGGCGCCGCUGGUGAGGGGGAAGAGGGCGCCUGAAGUGGGCAGCAACAGCAUGUCAGAGCCGGACCAGGACGAAGAAGCGGCUUCAGCGCUCUUCUAUUCUGCCUCCUUCCAGCGCUCCAACAGCCACGACAAAGUGCGUAAGAUUGUCGCCGAAGAGGGCCGCGCUGCUCGGAACCUGAUUGCGUGGAGUGUCCCGCUGGAGAAUAAAGAGGAGGAAGCAAAGUCCAAAAGUCAUUUUGCCGGCGGCGCAAGAGCUCUGAGGACUCAUUCCGGGCAGCAAAGGAAUAAGAGACAGAAUGCUGGCGCGGAGAGCAAAAGCACAGCCGGAGCCUUGUUGGACAAGGCGGCCGAGAAGAGCCCCACCAAAUCUCGACAGCCUCGUAAAGUGGACCUGCGAGCACGCUACUGGGCCUUCCUCUUUGACAACCUGCGGCGCGCCGUGGAUGAGAUCUACGUCACGUGCGAGUCCGAUCAAAGUGUUGUCGAAUGCAAGGAAGUCUUGAUGAUGUUGGACAACUACGUGCGGGAUUUCAAAGCCCUCAUAGACUGGAUCCAGCUCCAGGAGAAACUGGAGAAAACCGAUGCCCAGAACAGGCCGACCUCUUUAGCCUGGGAAUUGCGUAAGAUGUCACCGGGACGCCACGUGGUGCCGAGCCCCUCUGCGGACAGAAUGGUUUCCUCCCCAGCUGCACGUCGCACCCUGAAUUUUGGUGGACCUCCACCUGCCAUGGCCGCUGCCCGGCUUUCCCUUUCGGGCCCCAGCUGGGCAGACCGAGUGAAGUGUACUCACUCGGCUCCGAGUCCGACUCAGCUGAUGACAUCUUCGGUCGAAAAGCCAAGUAAAAAAGAUUCCGAAGGCUGGGAGACGGUUCACCGCGGACGGGCGGCCAAGCCUCGCUCCGCCACCAUGAUCGCCAAGGUCAGUCCGGUCUUGGCCACUCACGUGGCCCCGAAGCAGGCCAGCAGCAAGAAUCAGUCACUCGUGCCGCCACAAGAAGAGCAUCCCGUCCGCCCGCAGUCCCCACCUCCGAUCGACACAACUAAGGUGGACUCAAAGAAGAAAGUCGAUCCCCCUGAUGAGGAGAAACCUCCAGUUGGCGGGGACACAGUCGAGCCCCCAGCAGAGAAUGCACGAGACUCGGGGCUUUGUGCCGACGCAGCCCGCGACGCCGCGCCUCCUCCCCCUAUAGCAGAUAUCACCCCUUGCCCAGCCCCACAACCCGCCUCGUGUUCAGCUGCGGCCCCGCCAUCAGACAUGACCUUAUCGGUCCUAGCCCCGGCCCGCUCCGCAUCCCUAGAGCGACCCGAGACGGAUGGGCUGGGCGGACCGUCGGCCUUGGGGGACGGUGUGGCUGAGGGGGGCACGGCCACAUCUGCUCCACGACAGGCUGAGACUCCCAUGGAAGCGGUGAAACUGGAGAGUGUGCCGGACCCCACAGAGCUUUCCACUCCUCAGUCCAUGGCCGAGGUCCUGGCUAAAAAAGAGGAGCUGGCUGACCGACUCGAGAAGGCCAACGAAGAAGCCAUCGCCAGCGCCAUCGCAGAAGAAGAGCAGCUGACCAGAGAGAUUCAAGCGGAGAACAAUGAUCUGGAGACGGACAACGAAAAUGACUUCCCGGCUGGCAUUGCUAAUGGAGGAUGUGGGCCCAACAUGGAAUGGAGUGAGAUGUUGGCCGAUUACGAAGCGAGGGAGGCAUGGCGUCAGAAUACCUCAUGGGGCGACAUGGUGGAGGAGGAGCCCGCUCGCCCUCCCGGACACGGGAUCCACAUGCAUGAAAAAUUGUCCUCGCCGUCACGCAAAAGGACGAUUGCAGAGUCGAAGAAAAAACAUGAAGAGAAACAGCUGAAGGCUCAGCAGCUGCGGGACAAAUUGCGAGAGGAAAAGACGUUCAAACUGCAGAAGCUUUUGGAGAGGGAAAAGGAGGUGAGGAAAUGGAAGGAGGAGUUGCUGGAACAACGGAGGAAGAUGAUGGAGGAAAAGCUUCUGCAUGCCGAGUUAAAACGAGAGUUGCAACUCCAGGCCAUUGUGAAGAAGGCUCAAGAAGAAGAGGCCAAGGUCAAUGAAAUCGCCUUCAUCAAUACUCUCGAAGCUCAGAACAAGAGACACGAUGCCCUGGCGAAACUAAAUGAAUACGAGCAACGCCUUAAUGAGCUCCAGGAGGACAGGCAGAGGAGGCAGGAGGAGAAGCAAGCCAGGGAUGAAGCGGUGCAGGAACGUAAACGAGCCCUUGAAGCUGAGCGGCAGGCACGCGUGGAGGAGCUGUUGAUUCGGCGCAAGGAACAAGAGGCUCGAAUUGAACAGCAGCGGCACGAAAAAGAAAAAGCAAGAGAGGACGCGGCGCGGGAGAGAGCUAGAGACCGAGAAGAGCGUCUGGCCGCUCUUAGUGCGGCUCAACAGGAGGCCAUGGAGGAGCUGCAAAAGAAAAUUCAAAUGAAGCACGACGAGAGCAGCCGCAGGCACAUGGAGCAAAUGGAGCAGAGGAAGGAGAAGGCGGCCGAGCUUAGCAGCGGCCGCCACGCCAACACAGACUACGCCCCCAAGCUAACGCCGUACGAACGCAAGAAACAGUGCUCGCUCUGCGCCGUUGUGAUCACCUCAGAGGUGCACCUGUUCAGCCACACCAAGGGCAAAAGGCACCAACAGGCCGUGCGAGACAGCAGCAGCAUCCAGGGACGGGAGCUGUCCGAUGAGGAAGUGGAGCAUCUUUCCUUGAAGAAAUACAUCGUGGACAUUGUGACUGACAGCUCCGUUUCCUCCGAGAGCCUAAAAGAUAGCGAGGAGAGGCAAAAGGCCCGCAAGAAGGCAAAAAAGCUCCGUGCCAGGAUGAACUCCAGAGCAAAGCAAUACGAGACGUCAUUUGACACAAAGACGCAAGUUCCUGACUCCCCAUACAAGGCCAAGUUACAGCGCCUGGUGAAGGACCUUUUGAAGCAACUGCAGGGCCAAGAUAACGGCCAAUGGGCCAACAACAAAGUGUCCAGUUUGGAUCGAACUUUGGGCGAGAUUCUUCGCAUCUUGGAGAAACAGAACACGGCAGACCAAGUGGCCUUCCAAGUGGGCGGCGGCCUAUCGGCUCUGGAGCAAAUCCUGCAGGUCGUCACGGCUGCCUCCUCACCUACCGCCCUUCCCCGUAUUCCUUACAAGACCCUUUGUGUUGCUGUGAAUAUCUACUACUCCACAUGCUCCUCCUGUCCCCUCAACUGCUCUUAUGUGCUGUUCAGCAACAAGAUCGCACUCCUCAUGGACCUGCUGUUGCACCAGCUAACGAUUUAUGUUCCAGAUGAGGACAAGUCCAUCUUCGGCCGUAGUGUUAACAAACAAGUGUGUGAGGGUUUUACCACCGCCUUAUUGCAAACCACAGCGACCAUCUUGAGGUGCCUGUCUCCGAUGACCUCCGAGUCAAGAAAAGCGGAAGACUCUUUGAUUUCGUCUCCGGAUGCCAAGGUCAAGAACUCUGCCACUGAUUCCUUCAAUAUUCGCACACAAGACCUGAUCAGCUAUGUGGUCAACAUGGGUUUGAUUGACAAGCUGUACGGGUUCUUUCUAUCCAUUCAAAGCCCCGUGGACGAGCACCCGAAGAUGUCUGCGUUCCUCCAGCAAGCCUCGGCUUUCUUAUACAGCACGUGCAAGCUGUGCUUUGUCGUAACCGGACGUGGGUCCAGUAUAUUUGACAACAAGCGUCAAGACCCAACGGGGCUGACGGGCCUGCUGCAGUCCACAGACCUGGUGGGAGUGGUGCACACGCUGUAUUCCAUCCUGCUGCACAGCUUCUCGCCAGAGUCGUCCUCUCAGAGCCAGGAACCUUACAGCGCAGGGGUCAUCCAGGUGGCUUUGCAAGGCAUCCGCUUCCUCAACAGUUUUGCCCUGCUUGACCUCUCUGCCUUCCAGAGCGUCCUAGGAGCGGAGGGCUUGUCGCUCGCUUUCCGCCACAUCGUCAGCUCGCUGCUUUGGUACUGUACCCAGCAUUCGGCCGAAGAGCUGCUCCACGAAGUCAUCAUCUGCGUGGGAUACUUCACUGUCAAUCACCCGGAUAACCAGGUGAUCGUGCAGUCUGGCCGCCAGCCCAGCGUGCUGCAAAAACUUUGCCAGCUGCCCUUCCAGUAUUUCAGCCACCCGCGCCUGAUCCGCGUGCUCUUCCCCUCGCUCAUCUCGGCGUGCUACAACAACGGGCCCAACAAGGUCAUGCUGCAGCAGGAGAUGAGCUGCGUGCUGCUCGCCACCUUCAUUCAGGAUUGUGCUUCAAGUGAGAAACAAUGUGACAGCAAAACGAAACAAAAUGCACUCCAGCAAAUGGAUUAUUGCGAGAUGCCCAACCGCUUCCCUCGAGACCAGUGGGACUCAGCGCUGCAGUUUUUCCUUAAAAAGCAAAACGAGUGACAGACUGGCACCUUUAAAAAAAAAAACAAAAAAAAAAAACGUCAACUCUCCUGACUUGAGGCUGAUCUGACAAAAAAAAAAAUUGAAACUAAAUAUCGUGUUUGUGUAUUGCGGUUAAAGAGCAACAAAAAGUUUGUUUCUGUUCUGGAAACGUAGUUAAUUUAUUACAUUUGUCCUAUUUUGUACUCAUCUUGUGUGCAAGUUAAGAUAUUUGCAAAUGUGUGUUUUUAUAGUUGGCAUCAUUUGGGUUUUGUUCUCAAGAAGGCAAAAACACUCAUCAGUUACUGUCCAUGCACAGAAUAUUUAUGUUAAGCUUCAUCAUUCUUUGUAUAAAUGUACAUAAUAAAAGUUUUUUUGUUCAAA